AUGGCUUAUUACUACUUGGACCCAGGUCAUCCCACACACACGGGGCCUUUUAACUUGCUCUUUUACCAGCUACAGAAAUGGACAGGUGAUGUAGAAGAAUUAGAAAUUCAGGAAAAACCUGCUUUAAAAGUGUUUAAAAAUAUUACUGUAAUACAGGAACCAGGAAUGGUGGUGUUAGAGUGGUUAGUGAACCCUUCCAAUGACAUGUAUGCAGAUACUGUAACGACCGUGCUAUUGGGAGUUCAGUCAAACCUGAAAAUAAGGAAAGGUGCAGUACAAAAGGUUUCCAAAAAAUCAGAAAUGCAUGUUUAUAGCAAAAGAUUAGAGAUCAUGCUUCAAGACAUAUUUGGAGAAGAUUGUGUGAGUGUAAAAGAUGGUGCUAUUGGUGUCACCGUGGAUGAAAAAACGGCGACUAUAAACUUGGAGACUCGGACCGUAGAAUGUGAGGAAAGGAGUGAAGAUGACGAAUCCCUCCGAGAAAUAGUGCAGCUGGCUGGACUCUACAAGGCCCUCACACCCAUCCACUGA